UCAGGUGACAAACAGCCAUACGAGUUCGGCCGGUAAUGUUUCAAAGUAUUGUGAUGAAAGUGGGUAGAAAUCGUUGUUUUUGAACGUCUCCAGUGAACUGCAAAUCCUCCAGCGCGACAGCUGAUGAAGUGGAGUCAGCUCGGGUCACACAGCGGCAGCAGCGGCCUCCAUUUUAACUCCGACACCGAGCCAUACCUCACGUGUCCUGGGCUGUCUCUCUCUCACAUGACCCGAGUGUUUGUUCCCGUGAUCAGCACUUCCAUCUCCGUCUGUGACACCGAAUAUCACUUUUUAUUCUAACCCUGAUGGAUAUGCUUGAACAGAGUCUGGACAGCACAAGCCAAGAAAAACAAGAAGAAGAAGUUGUCCAGACAUCUGAAGACGGAACAGGAGACGAGCAGACAGCUGUUACAAUAGCCAGUGUUCAGCAGGCUGCAGCAUUUGGGGACCAUAACAUACAAUAUCAGUUCCGCACUGAGGGUGGUCAGGUUACAUACCGUGUUGUUCAGGUGAGUGACCAGCACCUCGAUGGAAGAGACGACGGGGGAGGAGCAGUGAGUGUCGUCUCCACAGCUGCCUUCGCCGGGGCUCCACAGGCUGUGGCUCAGGCUGUGAUCCAAAACCCUUUCAGUAAUGGAGGAAGCCCAGCAGGCGAGACCGUGGGAGGGGAGACACGCUUCGCUUACUUCCCCGCAACUGCGGUGAGCGACGGGACUGUGUCUGUACAGGCCGCCACGGACCCCACACUCACACAGGCGGGGGGUCAGUUUUAUGUGAUGAUGACCCCCCCUGAUGUCAUUCAGACAGGCACGCAACGAACCAUCGCCCCGCGCACACAGCCCUACCCUGCAGAUGAGAACGACCUGCUGCAGCAGGACGGUUUAAACUGGAAAAUGGAUGGGCCGCGCACACCGAGAGAUGAAAGGAGAAGAGCGCAACAUAAUGAAGUUGAGAGGCGGCGAAGAGACAAGAUCAACAACUGGAUUGUCACGCUUUCCAAGAUCAUCCCAGACUGCAAUAUCGACAGCACCAAAACUGGAGCAAGCAAAGGGGGCAUCCUGUCUAAGGCAUGUGACUACAUCCGUGAUCUGAGGCAAAGCAACCAGCGGCUGCAGGAGAGUCUGAAGGAAGUGGAGAGGAUCCAAGUGGACAAUGAGUUGUGCAGGCAGCAGAUUGAAGAGCUGAAGAAUGAGAACGCUUUGCUCCGAGCGCAACUCCAGCAGCACGGCAUCGAGAUGGUUGGAGAGACGCCACCGCAGUGAGACUAAAAGAAGAGGGGGAGGGAGGGAGGGAGGGAGGGAGGGGUAGGGGGGGGAGACCACCACUCAGACGUACAACCGACACCCUACAAAAGAAGGCGAGUUAAUGGAGAGAAAAAAGGACUCGUGAAGAAUCACUGUUUUUUAGUGAAUGCAUCCUUCCCAGGUCGCACACCCUUCACCGGCCAAUUGUGGCUGUACUUGACUGUUCCAAUCCUAUUGAGAUAACCACACGUUGCAACUCAGUGGAAAUGUGCUCCACUCACCGCCGUCAGAGUGCUUUACUAGCUCUAGCUAUGAAGGAUAAAACCUCUGCUGAACCCCUCGCUUGUUUUGUAUUUAUGUAGCUUCACUCAUGGACUAUGCUGUUUGUCAUGUACAUUAUAACUUUUGGUCCCCCGUCUGUGUAUUUUCUCCCAAAUUAUUGAUUUUGACUUAGUUCAUGCUUUUAUUCCGUUUGUGUUCUUUGAGUUCUGUUUUAAUAUGUUGUUUUUAGCUGCUGUAAUUUAUUAGUCCGCUGGCUGACAGAAGCCUUGAUGGAGACCAAGUUACAUUGAAGCUCCUGCACCCAAGAGAAGCAGAUUGAAUUUUAAGUGAGGAAACAUCAAAGUUUGCAAAAACAUUGUGAUUCUACAGGCAGAGAUACACACAGCUUACCUGGACCCAAAGACGAACAAGGAGCUGUGCUGGCUUUUGCUUCUGGGCUUGUUUAUGUAAAUAGGACUUGUCAUGUUUUAAUACAGAUGUUAAAUAAUGUUAGAGCAGAUUAUCUCUGGGAUAAAAAACAAUCAAUAACUCAUUAAAGUCACGCUGGCCCUUUGUCAUAAUAAUUACAAUGAAGUGUGUGCAAUCUUGGAGCUUCAUACGGGGGGGAAAAAAAAAGUGAUGUACUUGAAUUGUUGGGCUUUUUGCUUAGCAAGAAAAAAACAACAACUUAAAAGUGAACAAACUUAAUUUUAAAAGAUCCAACUGUUUAAAUGCUAUUUAAUUACAAAUUGAGAUGUGCAAAUGUUGACAUGUAGACGAUUAACAAACCCAGAUUGUGGACCGGAGAAGGGUGCAAAUUCCAACUUUUGCCAAACUAUAUAUAGAUGCUGGGUUUUAUUGUCAUCUUUUGUUCAUGAGCGACUUACCGGUGUCUCAAUAUGUGUAAGAAUAAUCCCCACAUGUUUCAUUUCAGGGCUGUUUGCUCUAUUUUGGUAUUGCAGCACUUCAAAUGUAGCUCAACGCACAAGGGGGGGGGGGGGGGGGGGGGAGAGACACCCUGGAGAUUGGCACUCAAAGACUCUGCUCACUAUGGAAAAGGAGUACACAGAAACUCUGUGUUGCACUUCUUAGUUGAGCACAACUCCUUCUGCACGAAAUGAAGGAAUAGUUUGAAAGUGGGGGGGGGAAACUUGGAAAUGAUUUCACUUAUUUCUCCCCCCACUCAGGCGAACAAUAAGUAAAGUGUAAUUGGUUGUAGAAACAGCAAAAGCCAAUAUUAACAUUGUUGAUUAUUUUUUCUUUUCUUUUUUUUUUGUGAAUGAGUAUACAUGAUGUAUUUUUGUUCCGCUUUGGGGCGAUGUGAGUGAAAGUGGAAAAGCCACUUAAUGGAGCAUGAUUGCUUCUCCCUGUGUCAACAGCGCGGAUCCAGCAAAGAGGAACCAACACUCAGACCCCUGGCGAAAUCAGGCAGACUAUCACAUUUUAAUAUCUCAAGACUCUGCAAGUCAACGGCUUGUGCUUUGGAAGUGCUGUUCUGCCACUACUGCUAGAUUCAAACCUGAUAUGGAUAGUGCAAGUGUCUGAUCUAUCAAACGAGGCUCUUAGCAUACAGUUGAAUGAUAGAUGUUUUGCAGUACAAUUCAUAUUUUUUUAUUUUUUUUAACACACCUCAGCGAAAGCAGAGAUGUGAAUGUGAAGACAUGAAUAAUGCUUUGGAAGACGGAUGUUCACAAAUGAAAGGUCACUCAAGGCUAAUCCUUUUUAUUUCUCGCAUUUAUUUGAAAUGGCAAAAAGACAGAAAAAAAAAAGACUCCUUUUCUUCUCCGUAGCAGCCUCACUGUUCUCAGGUUAGAUUUUAAGACAUCUUUUUCUAAGUAAAAUGGUGGAAAAUAAAACUUUCACUCGUUAAUAACCUU